UGGGAACAGACAGCUUUGAAAGCUCCACCUUGACCAUUUUACUAGGUACAUACAGUAGGGCAGGUAAGAUUAUCUAAUCAACCGAACGUCACGGAGAUUUCGGACAGAAAUUUUGAUUCUGCUUGGUGCGGUGCUUGCUUUCUAGUUCUUGGUAUGAUCUUACUCCCCUUACCCUGGGAGUCUUUUGGGGGAAAUCAGUCCAAUCAUUUGUUCAAAUACACCUUGAACGGCAUUUACGGCAUUCGCGGCAUUCACGGAUUGAUUAUUCAACAAUUCAAUAAGCGCGCGUCCGCCCACCUACCUGUACCUUACAUUAAACUCCGUUUUUGAUUAUAUCUCAUUUUUCUUCCCUCUUUCAUCUCUCCGAAUGUGAAAGAUUACACUCAUUUGGAUGUGAAUGUUCCAUAUACAAAGUGAUUAAAAUCACAGAUGGCACCUAAAUUCAAGGACGGAGACACCGUGAUCGCUUUCUCAGCUAAAUGGGUGUCAUGGACUCAUACUGCAGUCGCAUAUGGUAAGAACAAUCUCACCAUUUGUCUUGACUGUUUAUGUUGAGAUUUACUUACAAUUAUCAAUAGCUGCCUUUAUCAGCGCACUCAUUGUUGGAGUUUCACUCCAUUAUCAUAAAAUCGUUCAAAAUGAAUAUUAUGGUUAUCCAGAUGAAUGGUUCCCCUCGGUUUCCGCGACAAUUGGGGAUCGAUAUCCGGAACGUUCGUUUUUUAUGGUCUUCAUAGCUAUUACUUCUGGUAUGUAGCAGAAAUCAAAUCCAUUGGAAUUAUGUGAAGCUUUUUAACAUAUCCUCUAGGCCCUAGAUUUGCACUCGUUGGACUAUGGUACCUUCUAACUGCGCGACCGAAUGCGAAAUUACCUAAAUUCGUUGCUUUUGCUGGUGUUUUCCGUACUCUUACAUGUGGUGGCUGGACUUAUGUUACCUCCACGGACGAUCACGAUUGGCAUGAUAUUUUCAUGAUUUCAUAUCUGGUGGCUACUUUGCCAUGGACUUUAGGAUGUUUAGCUUUAAGCCCGGAUAAUGCGCGAGCCGUCAAAUAUCGAAAAUAUCUUGCAGGAUCUUUCUUUGGAACUUUGGUACCGUUGGUUUAUUUCUUCAUACAACAUAAAGUCCACAGGGUUGCGGGAGGUAAGGAAUUUCCGCCCAAUCAGACGUCAAAAUUUUGACUAAUGGGAUAUCUAGCAUACACAACAUACGCUUUCUUCGAAUGGGCUUUGAUUUUGUUUGAUGUGGCUUUCGAUGCUGUUACAGCUCUCGAUUUUGAAACUUUCGAAUUGGUUGUGAAGGAUGUUAAGGGCCAGUCUAAGGGGUACGUCCACUGGCUUCCAAAAUAGUGUAUAAAUUUUUUGGUUGGUGACGUAACAUCAUUAUGAUCAUGUCUAAAUCAGUAUCAUUAUUUAGAAAAGAUAAGAUGGUAGUUGAUAAAGUACUUGAAAAAGAGUUUGUGAAAUCUAGUUCCCCCUCUGAUAUAUUUUAGCUAAUCGGUAAGUAGAAAAGAAAAGGAAGUCGAUCAGCUAUUCGCUCAAUCUUUUUCAUGGUCUCAAGCAUUUGAUGCAGCAGCUGAUGUUUAUAAUGGCGUAAGUAUCGGCUAUGGUAGAAUUGGAGUUUUACUGAGAUUUGUAUAGUUCGUAUUCUGGUCAAUGUUGACUUCUUUGGGCAUAGUCGUCUGGUGUAAGUAUUUGAAAGGAGAUUGAUGAAAUUUGCUAAUCAUAUCAGACUUCCCUCUAUGGCAUAUGGGUAUAUCAGGCUAUGAAGUUAUGGUUAUGUGCACAGUUUCUCCAUUGCUCUUAGGAAUUAGGUCUAUCCGAACAUUGGUUGUAAAAAACCUUCGGAUAUGUCAACUCAUAUCCUUGACUGGAUUAUUCGCGUAUCAGAUCACGAGCCCAGCACCUAGACUUUUCAUUGUCGGGUUCGGCCUUUGGAUGUCAUGUUUAUCUUGGGCAGCUACUUGGUAUGCAUCAGCAGGACAGCCAGGUCGGCUUGAGUCGAAGAUCUCAGCUUGGACCAUUGGUCUCAUCGCAUCAAGUGUUGUCAAGUUUGCAUUCCAUACCAAUAAUCCUAUAUGGCCUACUUCACAUACUGAAAAUGGUGGUUUAAACGGUUAUGGUCUCAUAAUCGCCAUUCUAGCUGUUUUGCGAUCGACACGACAAAGUCCAGCUACUGGAGUUCAACUUUCAAUUCAAGGUCGUAAGGAGGGUCCAUCGCUACUUGCUGGUCUUGGUAUUGGAGGUCUUUUCUUUGCUCUGCAUUCCUUGCUAUCUGAUUCUAGCACAAUGAUUCUUUGGGUCUGGGAAGGAUACCCUAUUCGUGGUCCAAUCUCAGCACCCCAUGGUGCCUGGACAAUUGCCGCAAUGGGAGUUGGUCUCAUUCUAGGAUUAUCCAAUGAAUCUCUGGCUCGCAGCUGGACAUCAUACGGCAUUGGUUGCGUAGGUGCUGCCAUGCUUACUCUAUAUAGUCAUUGGAAAGGCUAUUAUGGUGCUCUGGUUCUAACGAUUUAUCUCAUGGCUGUAUCUGUUCCACUGUUGGGAUCAGCUGCAAGAAAGAGCCCAGCUAAAACGUUUGGAAUUGGUUUCCUCGUAUACAAUUUCAUGGUAUUGUUCCAUGUUUGGGUCGUGGCUUAUGCUUUUGUUCCCGGUGGUCCUCUUGUUAGAGAACAUACAGACUGGGUCAUGACUGUCACGAUGCUACUCAUUGGUUGUGGCGUUUUCGCCACCUUCUCAUCAACUCCCGCAUCACAGCGAAAAAGACUUAACGCUUUAUUAAAUCAACGAAAGCAACGUUUAUACUACCUCUAUAUCAUCGCAGCCCUUCAACUCACAUCUAUUUCGACAGCAUACAUGCGAUUUCCCACGUAUGAUUAUGUCCCUUACCAUAAGGAUGAGAAAAUAUUCACCGCAGGUAUUUGGACAAUUCAUUUCAGUCUAGACAAUGACAUGUGGUCAUCCGAAUAUCGUAUGCGAGAUGUAAUCAAAGAAUUGGAAAUCGACGUUAUUGGACUUCUCGAAUCAGAUCUCCAACGUAUUAUCAUGGGCAACCGUGAUACAACUCAAUUCCUCGCAGAAGAUCUCGGCAUGUACGUUGAUUACGGGCCAGGUCCCAAUAAACACACUUGGGGUUGUGCACUUCUCUCAAAAUUCCCAAUCCUCAAUUCUACCCAUCAUCUACUUCCAUCACCGGUAGGAGAAUUAGCUCCGGCAAUCGCAGCUACGCUAGACGUAUACGGAAGCCCAAUCGACGUUUUCGUUUUCCAUUCAGGCCAAGAGGAAGACCCAGAAGAUAGAAGACUCCAAUCCGAAUAUUUAGCCGAUCUGAUGGGCGCCUCCACAAACCCUUCGAUCCUUCUCUCUUAUCUUGUCACCAAACCCCUCGAAGGAAAUUAUAACACCUAUGUAUCCGAAAGAUCCGGUAUGCAUGAUAUUGAUCCAAGUGAUUGGGAUAGAUGGUGUGAAUAUAUUCUUUAUAAAGGACUUAGAAGAUCUGCGUAUGCAAGAGUUUCUAGAAGUACAAUCACGGAUACGGAAUUACAAGUUGGUAAAUUCAUAGUUGGGGAGCCUGAGGGAGAAAGUGAGGAAGUGAGGAAUAGGAGGAUUGACGAGAAGGAGGUGGUGGUGGGGAAGAGAUUUCCCGAGUUGUUUAAGGGAGAUGGAGUUAGGGGGCAUAGGUACCACGUAUUUGAUGAGCCGAGAUAUUACGGUUAGGUUUUUCAUGUAGUAUUAUGCUUAGCCUGCAGGAUGAGAAUGAGAGACGAGAACGAGAGACGAAAUGACGGGAUUAAUGAGUGGAUGGGAUGGAAUGAAAAGUGUGUAUAGGUACUAGCUAUACAUCGUUCUAUAUAUAUUUUUCUCUCUUGGAUUUUUUCUCUAUUUCUUUUUUUUAAUCUUAUAUCCACAUACAAGAGAGGUAGUGAUGGGAGGA